AGUUUGAUGAAAUGUUGACGGUUGUGUGGGUCUGCUUUGAUCAGCAGUAUGUUGUGUCAUGUUCCCAAACAGGUUGGAGACAUAUCUUCAGGUAAAAUGGCAGUAGCUGCACUGGGCCGACCUUUCACCUUAGGAAUGCUCUAUGAUGCUCGGAAAGAUGAACUAAUCCCAGGCUUCACCUUGUGGGAUAGUAAAACUCUACAAGACAACACAACUGAAACCUCUCAGCAAAGCAGUGGCUUUCAGAUUACGGCUUCUGACUCCAUUGAAUCCAAGUCCUCUCUGCUGGAUGUUGAUACUUCUCUGAAGGCCAGUUUCCUAGGUGAAUUAAUUGAAGUUGGAGGAUCUGCCAAGUACUUGAAUGACCAGAAGAAAUUCAAAAAUCAGAGCAGAGUGACAUUUCAAUACAAAGCUACCACCAACUUCAAGCAGUUGUGCAUAACUAAACUUGCAAAACUGGAAGAGCAACAGAAAGAUGUUAUUGAGAAGAGCUCAGCAACACACGUUGUCACUGGCAUCCUUUAUGGAGCAAAUGCUUUCUUUGUAUUUGACAGUGAAAAGUUAUGUGCUAGUACCAUUAAGGACAUCCAGGGCAGCAUGGAAGCUGUGAUAAAGAAGAUACCAUCAUUUGAUAUUCAGGGGAAAGUUGACAUAAAGCUGACUGAAGAAGAAAAAGCCCUGACAAACAAAUUCUCCUGCAAAUUCUUCGGGGAUCUCAUUCUUGAAAGCAAUCCUGCAACAUUUGCAGAUGCAGUGAAGAUCUAUGUAGAUCUUCCAAAUCUACUGGGAGAAAAGGGCGAGAACACUGUUCCACUGAAGGUCUGGAUGAUGCCGUUGAAUAAUUUUGGUUUAAAAGCUGCUGAGUUGAAGAGUGAGAUCAGCAUUGGAAUAGUAAGGAAAGCUGAAGAUGCUCUAGAAGGUCUUAGACAGAUAAACAUGAGAUUAAACGAUUCUCUGGCAGACAGAGUGUCAGAGAACUUUCCAGAGAUUCGCAAAACUCUGAAAAGUUUCAAAAAACGGUGUAAUCAUUUCACAUCUUCGCUUCAGCAGGCCAUUAAGAAGACACUUCCCUCCAUCCGUGAAGGCAAAGAAGAUGAGAGCUCACUGAAGAAACUCUUUGAAGACAGAGACAAGUCACCAUUCAGUCAAGAAAAACUAAGCGAGUGGCUGGAUCACAAAGAGAGAGAGAUCAAUGUCAUUAGGUCCUGUGUAGACAUGAUGGAGGGAUCAAACACAAAAAUCGUUCCAAAUCAGUCAGAGUUGGAUAGAGAGGUUCUUGCUCCAGGUAUAGAAGAUGCUCUGUGCUAUGUCUUCACCUCUCUGGAAAGUGCUGACCCCUGCCUUGAUGCGAUGACCACCUACUUGCAUUCACUUGAAUUAAGAAGUACUGAUGAGGACCACUGGUACUCAGAUGAAGUGUUAGUAAAAAUGAGAGAAAAAGCCAAAGCUUUCCAUGGUCUUGCCAAACCUCUCAAGAACAGCAGCACUGUCUGUUUUCUAGCAACAGCCAUAGCAAAUGAGAAACACAAAGGAGCGACCAUCUACCAUUACAAAGAGGGCAUUCUGGUCACUGAUGAUUUUUCAAAGCCUCCCGUCCCUCCUGUGAAGACGAUCACAGACAAAAGUGCUUUAAUGUGGUAUGCCUGUGAUCUCCACCUGGACUCAAACACAACAAGCGGCUGGCUCACUCUGUCUGAGGGAAACAAGAAGGUAACCUAUGGAGAAUGGCAGGAGUAUCCUGAUAACCCUGAGAGAUUUGAUUCAUCACCUCAGGUUUUGUGCAGAGAGGGGCUUGAUGGGCGCCAUUACUGGGAGGUAGAGUGGUAUAAUACUUAUGACAAUGGAGUUGGUGUGGGUGUAACGUACAAUAGAAUUGCAAGGAAAGGAAGAGGUUCUGAUGUUGAGUUGGGAAGUAAUAAAGUAUCCUGGUAUUUUGGUGCAAAUACAGCACUAACUGCACAGCAUAAUGGAGAACUUUGGAAGAGUUCAGAAUUCUCUUCUGGCUACAGAAAAGUUGGAGUGUAUCUGGACUGGCCUGCUGGCACUCUGUCAUACUACGAUGUGUCCUCUAACAAACUGAGUCACCUUUGCACCUUUACUUCUGAGUUCACAGAGCCUCUUUACCCAGCCUGCUACAUUCACGAUGAACCUGGCUAUGUGUUCUUUUGCCCAAUUGACUAAGAGCAGUAACACAGUGAUUGUUACAUCCCCGAAUAAAAAUACAGGGGAUGUUGUUUUUCAUGAGUGAACUUGCUACCUAAAUCUGAAACCUCCACAGAGCCUGCCUAAGUCAAACCAUACCUGUG